AUGGACGGCCGAGAUGAUCUCUUCAUGCUAGACGACCCCUCUGCGUACGGUCUCGACACAGUGGCAAUGGGUCUAGGGGGAGACGCGGCGCUUGCGCGCGCGGGCGGGGGGUUGGCGGUGGCGGAGCGGGAGGGGGCGGGCGCGGUGGUGCGCGUGGAGUACAAGAUCGAGGAGGCGGCGUUCCACUGCAUCGCCAUGGCCGCCUGCGACCUCUUCGUGCGACGAGGGGGCGACGGCGGCGACACCGACGUGUUCGAUUUCUCCGAGGUGUAUUUCGCUCCGCCCGGCAGUGACGUCUACUCCAUUCCCAGCAAGCUCGCGCCACUGCCCUCACAGCCCGUGCGGUGCCAGGUGGGGCGGUGGACGUACUUAGCGGGGAAGAUCCUGCCGCACUCCACCGACCCGUACAAGCCCAGCGCCAAGGAGAUCGAGGAGGUCACCAAAGUGUUUUUCAUCCGGCACCUGAACGAUGACCCCUACGGCACGCGGGAGUUCAUGUUGGACUUUGAGGAGGUGUAUGUCUUCGACGGCCACGACAAGACACUGCGCCGCGCCACUGUCAUCCUGGAUGUGCCGGAGGACCAGCCGCGCGACCGCAGAAACGAGACUCUGAUUGUCAGGGACGAUGGCAACACCUUCACAAUCAUUCCCAAGGAGAGGAAGCGCAGUGCAGACGAUGUGAUACAGGAGGUGCAUUGGAAGAGGACAAGAGAGUCCAUGGAAAACUACCUCCGGGGCUUCCGUGACUUCCAAAAAUCCAACUGGUUCUAA